CCGAAAUAUCCAUCCUCCAUCGAGGACCGAGUUCCACUCAGUCGUGAAGUGAAGCAUAAGUCGAGGCGCCUCCGCCAUGAGCCGCAUGCAAGCGAUAACCGCAUCGGUGCGCACCACCAACCGCAUGAAUGCACUGCUCUCGGAGUCGAUGCUGAGCAGGCGGCGGGCAGCCCAAAAUCCAGAGGGCGAGGCCAGCGCCGGCGAGAAUGGGGAGCCGAAGAAGGAGAAACCCAAGAACGAUUGGAAGUUCUUCCACACCAACUUCAAUAUGGAACGUGCCCAGAAGAUCAUCGAAGAUUGCAUCGAGGAGCGGCUGCUGUGGGAUCGCUUCAGCCGCAAUUACGACUCUUGGCGGGCUCUGCAGCUGGUCGAAGGUCUGGCGGCCGAGAUACGCGACCGGGUCAAGAAGCUGAACCACAGGCGCCACCGCAUCGUAUGCCUGCUGUCGAUCGUGGAGAAGCAGAACCAGGGCGUUUACCAGCGGAUGUGCCACCUGAUGGACGAGAAGCGGGACAACUUUACCCAGUUGGUCUUCGAGAGGCCCACGUACUUCAUGAUCGUGGUGCUGUACUUGGUAUACAAGGAUUAGGUGCGAAAUAGAUGGAAGCUUUACUUCCCCCUGUUGCUUGUUAAUUACUGUUGUUAGGUUUAGUUAAGUGUUGACCCAGAAAUACGCAUUAG